UAUUGGCUGGUUGCUUCGCCCCGCCAGUUGGCUGUAGAAACAGCGCCAUUAUCAAAAGGCGUUCAUCUUGUUGUUCUUUUCGGGUUGUUUACGGACAAACUUUCAUAAAUAGAUUCAGAUAAACGGAGGUAAACUCAAAGUUUGUGACUUUAUUAGACGUUUAGUUAUCGUCCGGAUGACUCGAGCUUCGUCGUAUAUGAAGAAACGGAGGGAGCUAACGAAGCUAACGGAGGGAGCUAACGGGGCUAACUUGUAGCAGUUGUAAGUUUAACUCUCGAGCCGCGGUGUUUCCUGCGUCGAGUGUCCGUUGGUAGAGCCGUUCUGUCGGCCACAGCAGGGAUGAGUUGCCCGGUGAACCUCCAGGAUCUUCCGUCCGGAGUGUUUGAAACGGUUUUUACUCCAGAAAACGUGAGAGUAAGGACCAUGAACUCUCUGACUCCGCUCAGCUUCCCCAAAACCAGAUCAGCUCUGUGGGACGGCAGCCCUGCAGGAGACAAGCUCCGCCUCCAGCUCGGCACUCACAGGAAGCCUCGGCUGGUGCUGCUGGAGAAAGCUCUGCGUCUGGCUCAGCGUCCACACCCGUCAAAAGCAACACCCCCCGCGCUCCUGUGUUUCCUCCUGGGCUCGCUGUGUCAGCUGCAGAUGUUGGACGUUGAUGGCGAAUACGGCUUUGCUCCAAAGUAUGAGGAGGGGGUCACUGUGACUCUGGACCGGUUCGACCCGGGUCGGGACCAGCCCGGAGCCUCGGGCCGGGUCCCCACCGCGCUGCUGCCCGGAGACGUCCUGGUUCCCUGUCUGUUCUCCUCAGAGACUGUCCCCUCGUCUGACGCCGUCGUCCAAUCAGAGGCUGAGCUGCAUCACUGCUUCAAGGUGUUGCAGCAGUGCGUGAGCGGCAGACAGUCUCUGGACCUGUCUCAGCUGUUGAGGCGUGGAGGUCCAGCCGGUCCGAGCCGUCCCCGUCAUCCCCACGGCUCUGCUGAGGAGUGCGAAGGCGCCACCCGCCCGGCGCCCGCACGCCACCAACGGCAGAGAGGGUUUCUGACCAUGGAUCAGACCAGGAAGCUGCUGCUGCUGCUGGAGUCUGAUCCUAAAGCCUCCAACCUGCCGCUGGUCGGACUCUGGCUGAGUGGAGUCGUUCACGUCUCCAACCCUCAGGUGUGGGCCUGGUGUCUGAGGUUCCUGUGUAGCUCCGCCCUCCAGGACAGAGUUCUGUCUGAGAGCGGCUGUUUCCUCCUGGUCCUGUUCGGUUCGACCCACCGAGCUCCUCAGUUCUUCCAGUGUCGAGGAUCAGCAUCUGGACCACAGCUGGACUACCGCCUGCUGACCGCCUCCCAGUGCGUCACACUCUACCAGCAGGCGGUCUCGGUGGAGGGUCAGACUCUGCGCUGUGAGCUCGGCUCAGAGGAUCACAGCCGCCAGACGGAGGUCUUCAGAGAGGCUCAGACCUCCUUCAACAGAGCCGCCCCCUCGGCUGCCGGUCUCUCUGUCAGCGAUCAGGACUCGGGGGUCGAAGAUGAAGACUUGUCUCCCCGCCCGUCCCCGAGCCCCCACCUCCCCGCUCAGCAGGCUCGCAGAGUUCAGCCGUCUGUUCCUGAACUUUCUCUGCUGAUUGACAGCAGCUUCGUCUCCAAUCACAACAGCUGGCAGGAGGCAGGCUCCGCCCCCAGGCCUGCUGCUGCUGCUGACAGGAAGUCCGCCCCUCCAACAGUAAACAGACCUGCAGCCCCCCCUCACCUCCACAGCACGCCAUACUCCAACCUGCAGCCGCCCUGCAGCUGCUGCUCCGCCCAAACCUACGAGUGCACCUCCAUCUUCUCCUCGCCGGGACUCCGCCCCGCUCACCCCCACCCUCAUCACAACACUCAGAGCCUACACCCUGCUGCUGCUCCAUCCUCCCAUCCCCACACUCCUCCUCCUCCUCCCAUCAACCAUCCACCUGUUUCUGUUCCUCCACCCUCCAUCCAUCGCUCUGCCCCCCCUCCUCCCUGUCCCUGCAGCCACCCUCCCCCCCCCACGGUGUGGAGACUCCUCUCUUCCCUCCCCUCGGUGUGGAGACUCCUCCUCUUCCCUCCCCUCGGUGUGGAGACUCCUCCUCUCUUCCCUCUCCACGGUGUGGAGACUCCUCCUCACGGUGUGGAGACUCCUCUCUUCCCUCCCCUCGGUGUGGAGACUCCUCCUCUCUUCCCUCUCCACGGUGUGGAGACUCCUCCUCACGGUGUGGAGACUCCCCCUCUCUUCCCUCCCCUCGGUGUGGAGACUCCUCCUCUCUUCCCUCCCCUCGGUGUGGAGACUCCUCCUCUCCUCACCCGUCCCAUCCAGCAGCAGCAGCCUCUGUGUCUUCCUCCUGUGUGCAUCAUCAAGGGGGAGGAGUCAUCCCAUCUGACACCUACCAGCUGCUCCUCCAUCAGGACCGACAGCUCCGCCUCCUGCAGGAGCAGGUCCAGAUGUUGCUGGAGGCUCAGAGGAAACUUCAGUCGUCGUCCGGCCAGCAGGGGAGCCUCAGACACCCCAAAAGCACCGCCAGCAUCGCCUGGGAACAGGUGCCAGUUUGUUCUGGGGGUCUCCGUCCAGUUCCCUCCCACAUCAGGGAAGAACAGGCCCCUCGCCUUCCUCACAGGCUUCCACCUGUCCGCCAUUAACGGCCUGGGGCGACGAACAGUGACAUCACAGCUCAAGAGGCUGCCUGUUCCCCUGCUCAGCACAGUCCUACUGGUCCUACUAGUCCUACUGGUCCUACUGGGUCUACUGGUUCCUACUGGUCCUACUGGUUCCUACUGUUCCUACUGGUCCUACUGGUCCUACUGGUCUUACUGGUUCUUACAGGGUCAGUAUAUCAACACUUUCUACUGA